GAUUGUCUUUAACCAAUGAAUAGUGAGCGCGGGGCCGUCAAUCAAGGUGUCGGUGACCAAUGGGCAGUGGGGUGCAGGGACAGAGGGGCGUCUCGGGCAGCUACGGACUCGGGUUCUGGUUCCCCUGCCGAGCUCGAGGGAGACGCGGGAGCCGGGAGCUGGGAGCCGGCUGGGGGGUGGGGGGGAGCGGGGCUACGGGAGCCAGCUGAGCCCGCGACCGCGACCGCUGCCGCCGCCGCCGCCCGGGGCGGGGGGUGGGGGGGAACCCGGUCGCCAGCGCCCGUGCCAACGCCGCAGCCCGGGGCGGGGGGUGGGGGGGACCCGGCCGGAGCCGGAGCCAGCGCCGAGGAGAUGGGGAACGCGGCCACCGCCAAGAAGGGCAGCGAGCUGGAGAGCGUGAAAGAGUUUCUAGCUAAAGCCAAAGAAGAAUUCCUCAAGAAAUGGGAAAGUCCACCUCAGCAAAGUACAGUCCAGCUGGAUCAAUUUGACAGAAUCAAGACUCUAGGCACUGGUUCCUUUGGUCGAGUGAUACUUGUGAAGCACAAAGAAUCGGGGAACUACUUUGCCAUGAAAGUGCUUGACAAACAGAAGGUUGUGAAGCUGAAACAAAUUGAGCAUACAAUGAAUGAGAAGCGUAUCCUGCAGGCCAUCAACUUCCCAUUCCUUGUGCGACUAGAAUAUUCCUUCAAGGACAACACAAACCUGUACAUGGUGAUGGAGUACGUCCCAGGUGGGGAAAUGUUUUCCCACCUACGGCGGAUCGGAAGGUUCAGUGAGCCCCAUGCUCGCUUUUAUGCAGCUCAGAUUGUCCUGACCUUUGAAUACCUUCACUCAUUGGACCUGAUCUACCGGGACCUGAAGCCUGAGAAUCUUCUCAUUGACCAGCAGGGCUAUAUCCAGGUGACAGAUUUUGGUUUUGCCAAGCGUGUGAAAGGCCGAACCUGGACUUUGUGUGGGACGCCCGAAUACCUGGCUCCUGAGAUCAUCCUUAGCAAGGGGUAUAACAAGGCUGUGGAUUGGUGGGCCCUAGGUGUCCUGAUCUAUGAAAUGGCAGCAGGCUAUCCUCCUUUCUUUGCUGACCAGCCCAUCCAGAUAUAUGAAAAGAUUGUGUCUGGGAAGGUGCGAUUCCCUUCUCACUUCAGCUCCGAUUUAAAGGACCUGCUUCGGAAUCUGCUCCAAGUGGACCUCACCAAACGCUAUGGGAACCUCAAAAAUGGUGUCAAUGACAUCAAGAACCACAAAUGGUUCGCCACCACUGACUGGAUCGCCAUCUACCAGAGGAAGGUGGAAGCUCCCUUUAUACCAAAGUGCAAAGGCCCAGGUGACACAAGUAAUUUUGAUGAUUAUGAGGAAGAAGAGCUCCGGAUCUCCAUCACUGAGAAGUGCGCCAAGGAAUUUGCCGACUUCUAAUGGUGUCCCUGGGUCCUGGUGGUUUACUUUUUGGGGGCGGGGGGUGGGAGGGGUGGAUUGAACAGUCUGAGGGCCCCAGAGUUCCUGGCAUAUUAAUUUUUCCCUAGGGAGAUCAGAAAGUAGAGAUGUUUGCAGGGUGGGGAGAGGGAGAUUCAAAUAUCAGAUGGCCCCCCCUCCCCUUCCCGUCCAUCCCUAACCCUCACUACUUUUCCCUCACUGUCUCACUCUGGCUGGUAGACCCCAUGGCUGGGUUCCCUCUGCUCUUUGCCUAACUUCAUGCAAAUUUUAGAUCAGUUUUCCAGCCUAAACAGACCUAAACCUUCUCCCUCUUAAAACCACCAGAAAUGCAAUUUCUUUCCAGCCCAGCCCUCCACCCAGAGUAGGAUCCUUGUACCUAGAGGGCCUUGUUUUUGUAGCUCCUUAUUGAUCCCCCUGAUGUUGGGAAGUUGGGGCAGGGGAGCCAGGGGAUCCCAAGUUGGAAAACCUCCAAUUCCCAAGACUACCCUCUCCCUAGAACUUCAGAAUCUUACCUAGGAGUUAAAAGGACAGACAACCCAGUUCCCCCUAAGGAGAGACCCUGCCUGGGAAGAUGUUUUAGCAAAAUGUUUGUGGCUCCUUUAUAUUUAAAAUUUUUUAAAAAUAUUAUUUAAGUUAUAUUUGCCGUCCCUUCUAAUCCCUUCCCAUUUUCCUGGCUGUCCCCAGUACAUUUUAAUAUGUGUGGAUCUGCCUAGGUCAAAGGCUUUGGAGCUUUUAACCUCUGGGAUCUUAGCUGAUGGUUUUGAGCUGGGUCUGUGACUUGGGGAUGAGGAUGUUUUUGCUGCUGAUCUUAACCAGGGAGUUAUGGGAACAAUUGUGAGAUGGCCUUGAGAGGGGUAUCCUGCCAAGUUUGAAAGAGCCCUGGGCUCUUUCAGCACCACAACCCUCCCCCCCCCCACACUCCCAGUGAUCUUUCUUCCUCAUGAUCAGCUCUCUUAACCCCCACAUCUUCCCUACUCCCCAGUUUUUGAUCACUUGGGAUAUUAGGGCACUAGAAAAACCCCCAACAUUUCCUAACCUACCCAGGCACCCUUGCUUAUGAUCCCUGCCAAAGAGGCCUCCCAGAUAUCCCUGGGGGCAUACCUCCUUCAUUUUAGCCAUUCUUAUCUAUAGAUUUUUAAUGCUCAGCCACUAACUUCCCAUUCUGUCUGGGAAUGUCACUCCCUAAAAGCAAUUUGAAGGAUGUAGCCCACCUUAGGUGGGGAAAAAUGGGGGGGACUGGGAGAAAGAAAACAGGAAGUGCCACAGCUUCAAAGUAGAGAGCUUCCUUUUGCCAUGGGAAUGCCAAUUUUUAUUCCCCCAAUAGCCUCUCCAUCAUCCCCCAUCCUUAGAAGCACCCUCUAUCUGGCUUGUCUGACAGCUACCCAUCACUCCUCCCACUGACCCCUUGCCGAGGCAUCUGAA